UCAAGGAAGUGAUCAUGCACAUGCUUUACUAUUGAUUUACAAUUUAACUAAAUGUUUUAAGUUUUUCCGGGGCUAAAUAACCAAAAUUUGAUUCGGACACUAUUGAUUAUAUCUUAAAUGCAGUGUAUCCACUGAUAGGUAAUUAAUUCAGUCCGGGUUCUAAGAACGAAACGAACUCGCCUCGUCUUAUCUUCUAAAGCAGUCACGUGUGUUCCUGUCGGCUUUUGUUGCUAAAAAAAAGUGCACGAAUUUGGUGUUUUUAAACAAUAUCGGAUAAUAUUCAUUUGCCUGUAAAUUAUAAUUAACUUUUGUUUAAUAUGUCUGUGGGAAAUUUAAAAUUAACAAAACCAGCACCAGAAUUCACUGCCCAGGCUGUUGUUGAUGGAGACUUUAAAGAAAUCAAGUUAACAGAUUAUAAAGGGAAAUAUGUGGUCUUCUUUUUCUAUCCCUUAGAUUUUACAUUUGUAUGCCCAACUGAAAUUAUCGCAUUUAGUGACAGAGUAGAAGAGUUUAGAAAUAUUAAUUGUGAAGUAUUGGCAUGUUCAACUGAUAGUGUUUAUUCACAUUUAGCUUGGGUGAAUACACCAAGAAAACAGGGUGGUCUAGGGCAGAUGAAAAUACCACUUUUAGCCGAUAAAACAUUUGAUAUAUCUAGAAAUUAUGGUUGUUUGAAAGAAGAUGAUGGUGUAGCAUUUAGAGCACUAUAUAUUAUUGAUGAUAAAGGCAAUCUAAGACAAGUAACAAUUAAUGAUUUGCCCGUCGGAAGAUCUGUAGAUGAAACUUUAAGAUUAGUACAAGCUUUCCAAUUCACAGACAAACAUGGUGAAGUCUGUCCUGCUGGUUGGAAGCCUGGAAGUGACACCAUGAAACCUGAUCCAAAGGGAAGCCAAUCUUACUUCUCCAAAAACAAAUAGAUUACUUGUAUCUCAGACAAUCUUGUCAACCAUCCAAACUAUUUAAUUAUCCACAUUUUUAUUAGCUUCAGGUCCCUAUCCAAUUGGUAACUGUUUAUUUUUGGUUAACCUUCAGGAUUUUGUUGAGAAAUACAACGAAGGAAAUACUUUUUUUAUUUGAAUGAAAAUAUGUUCUGAGAAAGAUUUGUCCUUGUAGCUUGAAUUGAUGUCAUUUUAUUGUUGCAAGAUUUGUUAUGUUAAAGAUACAGUUGAAGGUAGUUUUAAGUUUUAGUAGAUUAUUCCAAACCAUUCCAGAUUGAAACUUAUAGAAUUUAGGGAGAAUCAGCAAAAUAUUACAAGCAAUAGUAAGAUUUGUGGAAAGUUUUACGAAAAAGAUGUAAAUUAGUUAUCUUUUGAAAUCUUGUGUUUAUAGUGUUUCAAAUGUUUUACACUUGGUUAUUGGAAAAGUAUUUGUGCACACGUGGUCAAAAUCAAAAUAUGUUUUUUCUCUUAGUGAAUAAUACUACACAGAACUUCAAAAUUAUUUAUGAAAAAUAAAGAUGUUAUCACUUUUGACUGAAAGUUUUUGAAAUGCGGCAUAUCAACCCCAUAUAUUCUUUUUGUCCAGAAAUAUUGUUGGAACUCAUGAUUGCCUUUUGUAUUGAAAAUGCUAUAGAAUGUUGAAAAAUUGAUUUGUGAAUCUAACAUGAAGAUCAGGUUUAAAUUUUGGUGCUUUUCAAAUAUUAAUCCCCAUGAGUUUAACCCUAUUAUAUUGCAUUUUUAAAAUGCUAAAUGAAAACCAAGUUAAGGGCAAUAAGUAAAAAAAUAGUUCAAUAUAUUUUCAUUUUAAAUGUGCAUUUUAUGUUUCAUAAAAAUCUGAUGAC